AUGAAGUUCCUUCACAGGCGUCAGAUUUCGGAGGCGUCCACGUUGGCCGGUCCGAAUGGUGCCGGGUCUCGUGGACAGCUUCCUAUGCUGCAGCUUCCGGAAACGAUGCGAUACAACUUGCUGUGUGUUUUGGGUGAAUUCGUCGGCACAUUCUUGUUCUUGUUCUUCUCUUUUGCAGGAACUCAAGUUUCAAAUACACCUAUGCCUGCUCCUGGGUCGUAUCCGAAUACUUCCAAUCUGCUUUACUCGGCGCUGUGUUUCGGUUUCUCAUUGACGGUCAAUGUGUGGGCGUUCUUCCGUGUUACUGGUGGAUUGUUUAACCCUGCGGUUACGCUCGCUCUUUGCCUUACGGGUGGUAUGCCCGCGCUUCGCGGGUUGUUUGUCUUCCCGGCUCAGUUGGUCGGCGGCAUUGCAUCGGCGGGUGUUGUUAGCGCUCUCUUCCCAGGUCCACUGAAUUGUGCUACCCGGCUUGGUGGUGGUGCUUCUAUCUCGCAGGGCCUGUUCAUUGAGAUGUUCCUCACUGCACAGCUGGUUUUGGUGAUUAUCAUGCUAGCAGUCGUCAAGCACAAGUCGACUUACUUGGCCCCAGUCGGUAUUGGUCUGACUUUCUUCGUGGCGGAGAUGAUUGGUGACUACUAUACCGGUGGAUCCCUCAAUCCCGCUCGAUCCCUCGGCCCCGACGUGAUCAAUCGCAGUUUCCCCGGAUACCACUGGAUCUACUGGGUCGGACCGCUCCUGGGCUCUCUCCUCGCUUCUGGAUUCUAUCAUCUGCUGUGCUGGGUCCGCUGGGAGAAGAUCAACCCUGGCCAGGAUUAUAAUGAGUGGGAAGCUGCGCGGAAGGCAUCAGGAGCCAAGUCGGAGAACACUGUUACGGACCAGGUUCACGGUCCAGAAUCACCUUUGACUGAGAACACUCCUCCUGAGGAGGCGGUUUGA